UGCACAAUAAUGAGCUUCACUUUAUCAUAUUUAAAGACAAUAACGGAAUUUCAAAUUCAAACUUGGUUAAAAAGAUUUAUCAGACCGUAACCAAGCACAAAACAAAUAACAAAAAGAGAAACGACGGAAACUACAGUUACAAGUGUACUCGUAGUUACAUCAAGCCGGCUUAUAUUCCUAUUUCAACUAAAACAUUAAAAUUACCGUACUCCGUGUUGGUACAGAUGAGGACAGUAUUCAAAGAUCUUACUACAAUGCUUAAGUAAGACUUAUCACCUAAUUUUUACUUCCAAUGAGCAACAUGACGGGUGCCACAUUUGGAGAAAUGAACACAUGAACAUCUAUACCACUUCCGCAUACCUAAAACAUGUUUGUAUUUCUUCGAAAAUAGGAUACUACUAAAAAUUAUUUGAAACUGUGAAUAAAUGUCAUGACGACAAGCAACUGCGUGAAAUGCGGCCCAUGUGGAGCCAACAAAACAAUUUCAGCUGCUGUGGUAUGGUGUAACAACUGCAAUGAAGGGCUAUGUUCAAAAUGUUCAGUACAUCACAAAAGAUUGAAAUUGACACACGAGCACAGGACUAUUGAUGUUAAAACUCACACAAGGCUACCGCUUAUUAACACAGAAUGCCAUGAACAUAAUAGACAAUUCGACCUAUAUUGUCAGAUUCAUUUAAUACCUUGUUGUGAUGAAUGUGUUUCGAUUAAACAUGCAAAAUGUUCAGAAAUAAAAUGUUUAACAACAGUCAUAGAAAAGACAAAAACAGCUAAAUCAACAAUGCUAUUAGAAAAGGACAUCAUGUCAAUGCUAAGAACUGUUGACGAGAUCAUAAAGUUAAAAGCAGAAAACAUCCAACGUGGGGAUAGACAAUAUCCAACCAUUAAAGACGAUAUCAAACACAUUACAAAGGGAAUUCAGAGUAAUCAUUGUGAUAACCUAAAGGCGAAAUUAAAAAAAGAACUUGAUAAUGUCUGGGAAAAAGAAAAAUUAAAAGCAAAGGCAUUUGUUGACGAAAUAGAAGAAAAGAAAACAGAAUUAGAUGAAAUGAUACGCAAUCUUCAUGUACUGAGUAAAUAUGCCUCCAAACAUCAACAGUUUCUUGGAGUCCAUCAAAUUGAGCAACAGAUGAAUCCAUAUAAAAGAUACAUUGAUGAAUUGUGGCACGAUGAUAGAAUGAAAGACAUCUGCAUCGAUGUGGAAGAAAACAAAAACUUUGUUGAAUUAGUAACUGCUCUGGAAUCACUGGAAUCAUUAGGCCGCGUAAUUGUUAUUAAAAAGGAAACGUCAUUUAAUAAAGAUAACGUAUAUAAGGAAGUGCAAGUAGAAUGUAGCGAUUCUCUUCUCUUACGAAAUAUUUCGCUGGAACUGGAAACAAAAUUAAAUAUUGUGCACAUCAACGAUACGUUACAAGUUGUAACAGCCAUGAUUUCUUUGACUGAUAAUCGAGUUAUACUUAUUGUGGGUGAAGGAGGAAUACUACUAUUUAGAACUGACUGCAAUUUCGAAAAAAAUGUUAAAGUAUUUGGCGAACCCUUUGGUGUCGCAGAACUAGAAAACGAUGCAAUUGUUGUGUCCUUUCCAAACGAAAAGGUAGUUAAAAUCAUUCAUUUGAAUAACGAUUCCGUCGAAAAAGUUAUAAAACUACAUAAGAAAUGUUUAGGCUUGUCAUCACUAAAUAAAACUAUUGCUGUAGGUUUACAUUUACCAAGAGAUGACGAAAUUCGUGUGAUUGACUUAGAAGGAAAUACACUUAAGUCUCUCAAUGUUGCGUCCGAAACUUUGCUGUUUGAAUUCAUAUUUACGAAUGAUGGAAUAAUUUUUAGUGAUAAUCAUGGCCUAGUACUUUCAUGUGUUGAUUGGAAAGGAAAACAAGUCUGGGAGUUUAAAAGUGGCGAUCUCAAAGAUCCACAAGGAAUAUGCACCGAUAACUAUGGUAAUAUAUUGUUAGCCGAUGACAUUUCCGACAAAGUAAUAGUCAUAGCAAAGGACGGAAGAAGGAGUAAUGUAUUACUUAGUGAAAAAGAUGGGAUCGAAGAAGUAAGAUCCAUCUGUUUCAGCAAAAUGGAAUCUGCUGUUUAUAUUUCCGAUGUAACUGGAACAUAUUUGGCGAAAUACAAAGUGUGUUAUGGAUAGAAUAUAACUUUAUAUGUCCCCAUAAUAAUCACAAUACAGAAACUCUCGAUUUUUGCUG